GGUGGGGCGGGGCCGGAAGUGGAAGGCGCAGGCGGUGGCUGAGGCGGCUGUGGAGAUUCUGGACUUGUACUUGGUACCUGCAAGUGCCAUGUGCCGGGCUGAGCCGCGCUGAGGGGGCCGCGGGGCGCUGAAGGGGACGGGAGGCUGGGCCAUGGCUGGCGCUCGGGCCGCCGCUGCUGCCUCGGCGGGGUCCUCGGCUUCUUCGGGCAGCCCACAGCCACAGGAGCCAGGACUCGGGGAGCUGCUGGAGGAGUUCUCCCGGACUCAGUACCGGGCCAAAGACUGCAGUGGGACGGGCGGCUCUAAGGUUGAACGCAUUGAGAAGAGGUGUCUGGAGCUGUUUGGCCGAGACUACUGUUAUAGUGUGAUCCAGAAUGUGAAUGGGGAUAUCUGUGGCCACUACCCACAGCACAUUGUGUUCCUGGAGUAUGAGAGUUCGGAGAAGGAGAAAGACACGUUUCAGAGCACUGUGCAGGUGAGCAAAUUGCAGGACCUCGUCAACCGCAGCAAGACAGCCAGGUGCAGAGGACGUUUUGUCUGCCCGGUGAUCCUGUUCAAGGGCAAGCACAUUUGCAGGUCAGCCACACUGGCUGGAUGGGGGGAGCUGUAUGGACGCACUGGCUACAACUAUAUUUUCUCAGGGGGUGCAGACGACGCCUGGGCAGAUGCAGAGGAUCUCACGGAGGAGGACUGUGCUCUUCGAAGUUCCGACACGCAUCUCUUUGAUAAGGUCAGAGGCUAUGACAUCAAGCUGCUCCGGUACCUGUCAGUCAAGUACAUCUGUGACCUGAUGGUGGAGAACAAGAAGGUGAAGUUUGGCAUGAAUGUCACCUCCUCUGAGAAGGUGGACAAAGCCCAGCGCUAUGCCGACUUCACUCUCCUCUCCAUCCCGUAUCCAGGCUGUGAAUUUUUCAAGGAAUAUAAGGAUCGGGAUUACAUGGCUGAAGGGCUCAUUUUUAACUGGAAGCAGGACUACGUCGAUGCCCCUCUGAGCAUCCCUGACUUCCUGACUUGCUCUCUGAAUAUUGACUGGAGCCAGUAUCAGAGUUGGGACCUGGUGCAACAAACACAAAACUACCUGAAACUGCUGCUUUCCAUAAUUAACAAUGACGACGACAGCGGGCUGCUGGUACACUGUAUCUCAGGCUGGGACCGGACCCCCCUCUUCAUCUCUCUCCUGCGCCUUUCCUUGUGGGCUGACGGGCUCAUCCACGCGUCCCUGAAGCCCGCUGAGAUCCUCUACCUCACAGUGGCCUACGACUGGUUCCUCUUUGGGCACAUGUUGGUAGAUCGACUCAGCAAAGGAGAGGAGAUUUUUUUCUUCUGCUUCAAUUUUUUGAAGCAUAUCAUCUCUGAAGAGUUCUCUGCUCUGAAGACACAGAGGAGGAAGAGUUUGCCAGCUCGGGAUGCAGGCUUCACCGUGGAAGAUAUCUGCAUGCUGAGGCGGAAGGACCGUGGCAGCACCACCAGCCUUGGCAGUGACUUCUCUCUAGUCACGGAGAGCUCCCCAGGAGCCGCCGGGAGCUUCACCUAUGAGACCGUGGAGCUGGUCCCUGCAGGAGCACAGACUCAGGCAGCUUGGAGGAAGAGCCACUCCUCCUCUCCACAGAGCAUGCUCUGGAACCGGCCACAGCCCUCCGAGGACCGCCUGCCUCCCCACCAGGGACUGGUAGAAGCCAAGUCCUCCAGCUCCUCGUCCUCGAACCAUUCUGACAACUUUUUCAGGAUGGGUAGCAGUCCCCUGGAGGUCCCCAAGCCCAGGUGCAGUUUCUUCCUUCUGGUGACUGUUUCCUGUCAUCUUUAGGGUGUCCCCUCUCGCCAGCUGAUUUAAAUUGGCACUUACCAGCACCUCUGUGCUUUGUACAGCUCCUUGCUCUCAAACCCAGGAACUCAGUGGUUAUGUUACUUUGCAACCCUUUCUUUGACAAGAGCCUCAGAUAAAAAGGUUCAUUUGGAGCCUGUGUAUUCAACUCUUGAAAAAAAUGCAGAAGAUGGUUGGCUGCUUGCUGAGAUUACUUUGUGACCCCUGGGAUCAUGCGUCCUGUUGCUAUUUAUGCUGUCUACUUCAUGCCACAGCUGUCCCCUGACUGCUUCAAGCAUGGCUCUUGCCUGGUGCUGCUGCUGCUGGGCAGGGCAAGUACAGGGAACACAGCCUAGAAGACCAGGAGCCCUUGCUGGGAACCUGUCUGUAACCACAUUCUACCUGGCUGUCUUUUUCCCAUUGGAAAUGUGAGUCACUGAUAGCCCUGGGGAGUGGGGUUAGGAACAUGGAAACCCCCAUGUUCCCUGUUCUAGAAGUCCCUCAUCCUCCCCAGCCGCCUCUACUUCACAUUACUUUCGUUCCCUCAACACUUGGUUGUUUAACGAUUGUUUUCCCAAAAACUGGAAAAGAAUGUCCAUCUUAAGCUUGGAGCAAUAGAUGAGGUAUGUGGAGCCAGGCUGACCUCAAGAGGGGUUGCACCAACAUGAGACCCCAGCAUGACCCAGAGAAGACACAGGACCGGCCCCAGACUGGCCUGCAGCUUGCUCUUAUGUGUAGUCAGCUGUUUGAUUUAUAAACAGUUAAGGAUCACCAAAGAUAGAGCAUCUGGCCACCAAGCAUCUCUGCCUGGGAAGAAGGGAGCCUGCUCUGUCAUCGCCAGGGCUUCCGCCAAGCGGCCCAUCCUGUCCUCAUCCAUGCCCUGUUGUCACACACCUUCGGGGUAGGCCAGGAGCAAGGAAUAUGGCAAGUCGCUGUGUUGCAGGAGAUUCCAUCAUGGCAGCGUUAAUGUGGACAGCCAUCUGUUUUCCCUGGUCUCAAGGUGAUUCUGUUGUAUGGCAAAUCUGUAAUCAAGCUUAGCUCUAAAAAAUAAAAAUCUCUUCUUGCAC